UUUUAAAAAAGGUACUUUCGUUUUGCGGUUUUCUGAAAAUUAAAUGGAAAAUUCACAUUUUUCGCAAGAAAAACGCAAUUAGCAGCUUUCAAAACGGUGAUCUUAGUGUGCUCACUCCAUGUAAGAUAACUUGCCGUAAACAAACCUGUUGAUGGUGAUAAAUUUAGUGCUUUUCUUCGAUCUUGGAAGUCUGUCAUCUUGGUCAAAGACUUUACAUCGUUAAGAUCAAAUAUUUAGCAAUGGCGUUAACUCAAGCUCAAUCUUUAUCGUCGGAAGUUUACAGAACAGUAGAUACCAUUUCUUUGGGUCAGCGACGUUACAUUUUUGAUAUGAUUACCCAUGCACCAGGGCACGUGAGUUUAUCAAUGAUCAACCCAGAUUUAUACGACGAUAGCAAUCUUUCCUAUAAGCAGAAAAAAGUAAUUAUUGCAUUACCAACUGGAUGCUAUAUAGCAUAUUCAGGAUUAUUAUUUUAUGGGUUCGAAAAUAUGAUCGUUACUUGUGGUUCUUAUGAUGAAUUCAAAAUGGGAAUAACCGUGAAUAAUAUAUUAUGGACACAAAACACCCCAGAAGCAAACACAUAUUCAUGGAAACCACACGAAAUAGCUGUAAGCAAACAUCAUCUGCUAGUUUGCCUAUGGAACCAGAAAUUCAGACAACAAAGCAUUGGAAAAGUUAUGAAAAUAAGAACACAGAAAAAUAAAGUGCCAAAUAAUCGUACAUGCAUUGAAAUACAGUCGGAUAAAAACACCCCCCUGUACGUUUGUCCGACCUACAUUGUAGAGAACGGUAAUGGAGACAUCUGUGUCUCUGACGUCAGAGCCGUGGUUGUCACGGACGCCGGCGGCAUGUUGAGAUUCCGUUACCAAGGGAACUCCAGUAAAAGCAAUUUUGAUCCGUAUGGCAUAUGUUGCGAUUCGUUGUGCAACAUUAUCGUUGCUGAUAUGAAGAACGGAAACAUUCACAUGGUUGACAAAGACGGUGAAUUUCUUCACCAUGUGACCUACGAAGGAAUCAGAAUGCCUCGGGCUCUUUCCAUUGACAGUAAUGACCAUCUGUACGUAGGAGAAUGGGACUCAGAUUCCAUCAAAAUCAUUUCACGUUAAAUGGGAUAUGUUUUAUUAACAUGUUUUGUGAACCUAGUAGUUUAGUUAUGAUUCUCUGUGUUUCAUAGUAGUUUGUUGACUUUAGCAAUAUGAUAAUUUUGUAAAGUCUUUUAUUCUUUAUCUAUGUAAUGUAUCAAUCUUAUUAAAAUUCGACCUGUUCCCCGUUUUUGACUCGUCGCUCGACAGGUACACGUAUCGAUAAUAGGGGAGCUGGUGAGAGUUUUAAUUCUAAAAAAACAUUGGCAUAAUUUAAUCUAAUUUAGAUAACUAUUUCUUUUUUCGUGAAAGAGCUGUUUGACGUUUAUCCUAAACACAUAUUUUUAAAAUAUCGGUCUGUCAAAAAUCUUUGUAUUUUAACCUAAACAGUAGAUAAACACCAUAUAUUCAAUUUAUUUAGUACAUAGAAAAGUAACUAAAAUAUACGACAUGUUGCAACAUUGACUCAUCAACUAUUUCCACACAAUACCAAACAAAUAUUUAGUACCAGUACUUCAUAAAAUUU